AUGGCACACGAAGAGCACAACAUCAACUGGAACAUCCUAGCUGCUAACCUCUUCCACCGCUCUUCCUCCUACCCUGCGGCAGACACCGUCUCCAACUUGUACUUUCAGUUCAAACCUACGCAAGGGCAGGAAAUCGACUCCUUUAUCGAAUCCUUCGUAAGGACUCUUGAAAAGCAUACGCAGGACGAGCGCCACAACUACCCAGACCGAUACUCACCCUUCACGCCGGACGAGCUGGUCCUGAACGACCACGUGGCGGAGCAAAUCCGCCCCCUCGCCCACCGAUGGUGCAAGGCCUACAACUGGCCGCUGAAUGAUAAGAUCCAGAAGACAGAAGGGCUGUGCCGACAUGUCAACAGCGAGAGCUUUGCCUGUGGGUGUUCCUUACCCUACCACGAACGGAAGGGAGCCGAUUUCCAGCGGCCGUACCCUCACAACGCUUACUACCACUUCGUUGUCAAAAACACCGAGGUGCUCUACAAUUUGCAGGUGCUGAACGCGCUCCUUGUUCUGGGAGAGAUGGAUACGGUGCUGCGACUGUGCGCGACACCAGAUAACAAUCUGCAGAAGUCGAUGUUUGUGCCGAGUUGUCCAUAUAGGAGCCCGGAUCUUGGCUGGGACCAAGUCUUCGAAGGCGCUCUAAACAUCUACCUCCUUCUCAACAUCCUUUACUGCUUUCCCGAGCUCUGGGACCCAGCGUCCCGGCAAGCCCGAAACAAGAAACGGACCGAUGAGUACCGCGCCACGAGGAUGUAUCGGCAGACUGUCAAAAUCUGGACCCACGACGGGUCAGAAACGAAGUCUCCCGCCACCCUCACCGGCAAUUUCUCGGCCUGGAGGGCCAUUUCGGCUACACGCUACACGUCUCGCGCGGUUGAGACCGGCCUGUCUUUGCCCAGCUGCGCGAGAAACUGGAAAGGAACCGCAGGGGGCCGGAGUCCACGCCAGAACAAAUCUCGGCGCUCUCCGUAUACGACGAAUCUUUCCUCUACGGCAAACUGCCUUUCGAGGAGUUCUUGGCUUGCGGGAAGCGGGGAGCCGCCGGCGGCCAGCAUCAGGCCCAAAGGGCGGUCGACGUGGCGCGGGUUGAAGCGUAUCUUCGGGCGACAGGGUUGCCGCAGGAGUUGGUACUGCAGAUCACGGCCUGCACAGACUACGGCGGCAUUUGGACCACUGCUGGCGGAUUUUGGUCCACUGCAAUAUGCUGGCGCGGGAACUGGGCACCGUGAUCGACUGGGAGAACCGGGUGCACGAGGCGCUGGACGGCAUGGUGUCGAGUCCGGUGGGCUAUUUGGACUUGAUGCGCACGAGUCAGGCGAAUUUGACCGACGACGCUGA